AUGAUUCUACGUGCAAAUCAACAUAAAAAAAUGAUUUGGAAAAAUGGUGGUGGAAUUACUCAUGAAAUUGCUCGUGAACCAAAUAAUGAUCAAGAAGAAUUCGAUUUUCGUUUAAGUAUGGCUUCAGUUAAAUAUCCUGGUGGUCCUUUUUCUUUAUAUCAGAAUAUUGAUCGAACUUUAUGUAUUAUCGAUGGAGAAAAAAUGACACUUCAAUUAAACAAUAAUAAUGAUGAAUUAAUAUAUCUUGAUAAAAAUUCUCCACCAUAUUCAUUUUCUGGUGAAAUUCCAAUAACAUGCCGGAUAUAUGAAGAUACACUUACUGAUUUUAAUGUUAUGACUAAACGGGAUAAAUUUCGACAUACUGUUCAACGUUUUAUCUCAAAUAAAGAUCAAAAUCCAGUAGAAAUAUCAAAUUCUAAUGGAGACAUAAUUUUUAUUAUCAUUGCACAAGGAUGUUUACAAAUAAAUGAAACAAUAAUGACAAAAGGUGAUGCUAUUAAAUUUAUUGAUAAUCAACAAUUAAUACAAAUUUCAACUUUAAAUGAUAACACUAUUAUUUAUUUAGUUAAAAUUACUAAAUUGUCAUCUCAAUAA